GAGUUGGUGUUUAGAUGUGACAGCUGGAUGCUCCGUCAGAUUUCCGCUUUAAACAUUUUAAUCAGAAUUAUGCACUUUAACACGCACGUGUCUGUCUGAUCUUUAAGCUGUUAUCUACAGAGCGCAUUUCAAUGAAUGAAAAGAGAGCUUGAGACAGACACCAGCAGUGAUGUUUACAGACAUGGAUUAUGACCUGGAGGAGGACAAACUAGGGAUUCCUACAGUUCCCGGAACAGUGACCCUGAAGAAAGACCCACAGAACCUGAUUGGGAUCAGUAUUGGGGGCGGAGCUCAGUUCUGUCCCUGCCUAUACAUUGUACAGGUGUUUGACAACACUUCAGCCGCUCUGGACCGGACUCUGGCCGCCGGUGAUGAGAUCACUGGUGUAAAUGGCAAACCAGUGAAGGGAAAAACUAAAGUAGAGGUGGCCAAGAUGAUCCAGGCAGUUCAGGGUGAAGUUGUGAUUCAGUACAAUAAACUCCAGGCCGACCCAAAGCAGGGCAAAUCUCUGGAUAUCGUUCUGAAGAAGGUGAAGCAUCGUCUGGUGGAGAACAUGAGUUCAGGAACAGCAGACGCUCUUGGUCUCAGUCGAGCCAUUCUGUGUAACGAUGGUCUGGUGAAGAGGCUGGAGGAACUGGAGAAAACUGCAGAACUGUAUAAAGGUUUGAUGGAACACACGAAGCGGUUGCUCAGAGCUUUCUAUGAGCUCUCUCAGACACACAGAGCGUUUGGAGACGUGUUCUCUGUCAUCGGCGUCCGUGAGCCGCAGGCCGCAGCCAGCGAGGCUUUCGUGAAGUUCGCUGAAGCUCACCGGAACAUGGAGAAGUUCGGCAUCCAGCUGCUGAAGACCAUCAAACCCAUGCUGCACGAUCUGAACACGUAUCUGCACAAAGCCAUUCCAGACACCAAACUCACCAUCCGCAAGUAUCUGGACGUCAAGUUUGAGUAUCUGUCGUACUGUCUGAAGGUGAAGGAGAUGGAUGAUGAGGAAUACAGCUGUAUCGCUCUGGGAGAUCCGCUGUACCGCGUCAGCACCGGUAACUACGAGUACCGUCUGGUUCUGCGCUGUCGUCAGGAAGCUCGCGCUCGAUUCGCCAAAAUGCGUAAAGACGUCCUGGAGAAGAUUGAGCUGCUGGAUCAGAAACACGUUCAGGACAUCGUCUUCCAGCUGCAGCGCUUCGUCUCGGGGAUGUCUCGUUACUAUGACGACUGUUACGGCGUUCUGAAAGAGGCAGACGUGUUCCCCAUCGAGGUGGAUCUGUCCAGAACCAUGUUGAACUACGGCGGGCAGAACCUCUCGUAUGAGGACGAGGAAGAGGAGGAGAACCAAGGAUUAGAAGAGGAUCUCCAGCAGACUGAGAAUGGAGCGGAGAAACUCAUUGAUGAUGAAUGAACGAGUGAACCAAUGAAUGAGUUAAUAAAGGAGUAGUUCACACUAAAUCGGUCCUCUAACUUUUAGGGUGAACUUCUCCUUUAAACUAAAUGAAUGAAUCAGUUAGUGAAUCGCUUUAAUGAACGAACGGCUGGUGAACAGGUGAAUGAAUGUGUUUGCUGUGGGCUUCAGUUUGGGUUUAAAAGUGGACAAAUAUUGAAGUAUUUGCAUUAUUUUGUUUGUAGUUAAAGCAUUUCAAAGGGAAAGGACCAAAACUCUGAUGAAGUCUUAACAGAUUUCAUGGGUUCAUGUGUAUUUGCACACAAUUGAUCUUCUGCCUUAUUGUUUAUUUCCGUCACUUAGAAACACUGGAGGAAUAUAUGUGAAAGUUCUUCUGAUCUGCAUUUGUCAGUGUUGUUUCUGUUUCUGUCUUGUUUGUUUUGGGGGUUUUGAUGGGAUUUGAAUCUUUUGUGGUAUUUUCAGGAUGAUGUUGUUGUGAGAGGGUUGAGGAUGUGAGUUACUGUCAUGAAUCUUCUGUAUUCUUUAAAUUAUCAAAUGAUGAAGGUGAAGAGAAGCAUUAUUUAAACAAGAGUAAAACGUCUGUGAAAUCUGUUAUAUGCAAAUGAAAAUAUAAAUCUAACUUUAUUGA